AAAGCAUAUCAAGAACAUAUACCCACAUGAAACCGGACUUAAAAAACAUAAUUUUCGGAGAAGGGAGGCAAUCAUAAAAUUAUGCUGCUGUGAGCGUGGCUUGUUCGUUCGACAUGCUUUAUUCGAGCUCGCAGGUAGACUAGUCAACAUCAGCGUGUAUACGACUUUGACGACGAGAAGACGAAUUAGCACCUCUCCCGUCAUGAGGGUGUUUCUGCUACUUGUGCUGGUGGUGCUUCUGGUUGCGAGCGUUAAGACAGAAGAAUGCCGCAAUUACAAAGUUUUGAACAGCAAGGACCGCGCUCAAGGCGAACCAAGUGGUAACGUACUCAAGUGCGACCAGCGUGACAUUCCCUCCAAGGGCUGGUACCGAUUCUCGGGUGCCGCAGGCGACCGUAUGCCCACUCAUGUUGUACCCAAGAAUCAUUGCGGCACCCACGCACCAGGCUGGUUGAACGGAGCUAAUCCAAGUGUGGCUGAGGGAAUCGUCUCUCGUAAAGUCUGCUUCCACUGGACUUCAGGUGACUGUCAAUGGAGCCAGAUGAUACGCGUGAGAAAUUGCGGACGAUUCUACGUUUAUGAGCUCGACAAGACACCGGCCUGCCAUUUAAGGUUCUGUGGUAACGCUGGCGCUGCUCCUACUAGACCUCCCACCACACCACCAGUGGUCAACGAAUGCCGCAAUUACAAAGUUUUGAACAGCAAGGACCGCGCUCAAGGCGAACCACGUGGUAACGUACUCAAGUGCGACCAGCGUGACAUUCCCUCCAAGGGCUGGUACCGAUUCUCGGGUGCCGCAGGCGACCGUAUGCCCACUCAUGUUGUACCCAAGAAUCAUUGCGGCACCCACGCACCAGGCUGGUUGAGAGGAUCUAAUCCAAGUGUGGCUGAGGGAAUCGUCUCCCGUAAAGUCUGCUUCCACUGGAAUUCAAAUGCAUGUCAAUGGAACCAGAUGAUACGCGUGAGAAAUUGCGGACGAUUCUAUGUUUAUGAGCUCGACAAGACACCGGCCUGCAAUCUAAGGUUCUGUGGUAACGCUGGCGCUGCUCCUACUAGACCUCCCACCACACCACCAGUGGUCAACGAAUGCCGCAAUUACAAAGUUUUGAACAGCAAGGACCGCGCUCAAGGCGAACCACGUGGUAACGUACUCAAGUGCGACCAGCGUGACAUUCCCUCCAAGGGCUGGUACCGAUUCUCGGGUGCCGCAGGCGACCGUAUGCCCACUCAUGUUGUACCCAAGAAUCAUUGCGGCACCCACGCACCAGGCUGGUUGAGAGGAUCUAAUCCAAGUGUGGCUGAGGGAAUCGUCUCCCGUAAAGUCUGCUUCCACUGGAAUUCAAAUGCAUGUCAAUGGAACCAGAUGAUACGCGUGAGAAAUUGCGGACGAUUCUACGUUUAUGAGCUCGACAAGACACCGGCCUGCAAUCUAAGGUUCUGUGGUAACGCUGGCGCUGCUCCUACUAGACCUCCCACCACACCACCAGUGGUCAACGAAUGCCGCAAUUACAAAGUUUUGAACAGCAAGGACCGCGCUCAAGGCGAACCAAGUGGUAACGUACUCAAGUGCGACCAGCGUGACAUUCCCUCCAAGGGCUGGUACCGAUUCUCGGGUGCCGCAGGCGACCGUAUGCCCACUCAUGUUGUACCCAAGAAUCAUUGCGGCACCCACGCACCAGGCUGGUUGAGAGGAUCUAAUCCAAGUGUGGCUGAGGGAAUCGUCUCCCGUAAAGUCUGCUUCCACUGGAAUUCAAAUGCAUGUCAAUGGAACCAGAUGAUACGCGUGAGAAAUUGCGGACGUUUCUAUGUUUAUGAGCUCGACAAGACACCGGCCUGCAAUCUAAGGUUCUGUGGUAACGCUGGCGCUGCUCCUACUAGACCUCCCACCACACCACCAGUGGUCAACGAAUGCCGCAAUUACAAAGUUUUGAACAGCAAGGACCGCGCUCAAGGCGAACCACGUGGUAACGUACUCAAGUGCGACCAGCGUGACAUUCCCUCCAAGGGCUGGUACCGAUUCUCGGGUGCCGCAGGCGACCGUAUGCCCACUCAUGUUGUACCCAAGAAUCAUUGCGGCACCCACGCACCAGGCUGGUUGAGAGGAUCUAAUCCAAGUGUGGCUGAGGGAAUCGUCUCUCGUAAAGUCUGCUUCCACUGGACUUCAGGUGACUGUCAAUGGAACCAGAUGAUACGCGUGAGAAAUUGCGGACGAUUCUACGUUUAUGAGCUCGACAAGACACCGGUCUGCCAUCUAAGGUUCUGUGGUAACGCUGGCGCUGCUCCUACUAGACCUCCCACCACACCACCAGUGGUCAACGAAUGCCGCAAUUACAAAGUUUUGAACAGCAAGGACCGCGCUCAAGGCGAACCACGUGGUAACGUACUCAAGUGCGACCAGCGUGACAUUCCCUCCAAGGGCUGGUACCGAUUCUCGGGUGCCGCAGGCGACCGUAUGCCCACUCAUGUUGUACCCAAGAAUCAUUGCGGCACCCACGCACCAGGCUGGUUGAGAGGAUCUAAUCCAAGUGUGGCUGAGGGAAUCGUCUCCCGUAAAGUCUGCUUCCACUGGAAUUCAAAUGCAUGUCAAUGGAACCAGAUGAUACGCGUGAGAAAUUGCGGACGAUUCUAUGUUUAUGAGCUCGACAAGACACCGGCCUGCAAUCUAAGGUUCUGUGGUAACGCUGGCGCUGCUCCUACUAGACCUCCCACCACACCACCAGUGGUCAACGAAUGCCGCAAUUACAAAGUUUUGAACAGCAAGGACCGCGCUCAAGGCGAACCACGUGGUAACGUACUCAAGUGCGACCAGCGUGACAUUCCCUCCAAGGGCUGGUACCGAUUCUCGGGUGCCGCAGGCGACCGUAUGCCCACUCAUGUUGUACCCAAGAAUCAUUGCGGCACCCACGCACCAGGCUGGUUGAGAGGAUCUAAUCCAAGUGUGGCUGAGGGAAUCGUCUCCCGUAAAGUCUGCUUCCACUGGAAUUCAAAUGCAUGUCAAUGGAACCAGAUGAUACGCGUGAGAAAUUGCGGACGAUUCUAUGUUUAUGAGCUCGACAAGACACCGGCCUGCAAUCUAAGGUUCUGUGGUAACGCUGGCGCUGCUCCUACUAGACCUCCCACCACACCACCAGUGGUCAACGAAUGCCGCAAUUACAAAGUUUUGAACAGCAAGGACCGCGCUCAAGGCGAACCAAGUGGUAACGUACUCAAGUGCGACCAGCGUGACAUUCCCUCCAAGGGCUGGUACCGAUUCUCGGGUGCCGCAGGCGACCGUAUGCCCACUCAUGUUGUACCCAAGAAUCAUUGCGGCACCCACGCACCAGGCUGGUUGAGAGGAUCUAAUCCAAGUGUGGCUGAGGGAAUCGUCUCCCGUAAAGUCUGCUUCCACUGGAAUUCAAAUGCAUGUCAAUGGAACCAGAUGAUACGCGUGAGAAAUUGCGGACGUUUCUAUGUUUAUGAGCUCGACAAGACACCGGCCUGCAAUCUAAGGUUCUGUGGUAACGCUGGCGCUGCUCCUACUAGACCUCCCACCACACCACCAGUGGUCAACGAAUGCCGCAAUUACAAAGUUUUGAACAGCAAGGACCGCGCUCAAGGCGAACCACGUGGUAACGUACUCAAGUGCGACCAGCGUGACAUUCCCUCCAAGGGCUGGUACCGAUUCUCGGGUGCCGCAGGCGACCGUAUGCCCACUCAUGUUGUACCCAAGAAUCAUUGCGGCACCCACGCACCAGGCUGGUUGAGAGGAUCUAAUCCAAGUGUGGCUGAGGGAAUCGUCUCUCGUAAAGUCUGCUUCCACUGGACUUCAGGUGACUGUCAAUGGAACCAGAUGAUACGCGUGAGAAAUUGCGGACGAUUCUACGUUUAUGAGCUCGACAAGACACCGGUCUGCCAUCUAAGGUUCUGUGGUAACGCUGGCGCUGCUCCUACUAGACCUCCCACCACACCACCAGUGGUCAACGAAUGCCGCAAUUACAAAGUUUUGAACAGCAAGGACCGCGCUCAAGGCGAACCACGUGGUAACGUACUCAAGUGCGACCAGCGUGACAUUCCCUCCAAGGGCUGGUACCGAUUCUCGGGUGCCGCAGGCGACCGUAUGCCCACUCAUGUUGUACCCAAGAAUCAUUGCGGCACCCACGCACCAGGCUGGUUGAGAGGAUCUAAUCCAAGUGUGGCUGAGGGAAUCGUCUCUCGUAAAGUCUGCUUCCACUGGACUUCAGGUGACUGUCAAUGGAACCAGAUGAUACGCGUGAGAAAUUGCGGACGAUUCUACGUUUAUGAGCUCGACAAGACACCGGUCUGCCAUCUAAGGUUCUGUGGUAACGCUGGCGCUGCUCCUACUAGACCUCCGACCACACCACCAGUGGUCAACGAAUGCCGCAAUUACAAAGUUUUGAACAGCAAGGACCGCGCUCAAGGCGAACCAAGUGGUAACGUACUCAAGUGCGACAAGAAUGACAUUCCCUCCAAGGGCUGGUACCGAUUCUCGGGUGCCGCAGGCGACCGUAUGCCCACUCAUGUUGUACCAGUGCAUAGAUGCGGCACCCACGCACCAGGCUAUCUGAACGGAUCUAAUCCAAGUGUGGCUGAGGGAAUCGUCUCUCGUAAAGUUUGCUUCAACUGGAGAAGUAUCUGUCAAUGGAGCCAGAUGAUACGCGUGAAAAACUGCGGACGAUUCUAUGUUUAUGAGCUCGACAAGACACCGGUCUGCCAUCUAAGGUUCUGUGGUAACGCUGGCGCUGCUCCUACUAGACCUCCGACCACACCACCAGUGGUCAACGAAUGCCGCAAUUACAAAGUUUUGAACAGCAAGGACCGCGCUCAAGGCGAACCACGUGGUAACGUACUCAAGUGCGACCAGCGUGACAUUCCCUCCAAGGGCUGGUACCGAUUCUCGGGUGCCGCAGGCGACCGUAUGCCCACUCAUGUUGUACCCAAGAAUCAUUGCGGCACCCACGCACCAGGCUGGUUGAGAGGAUCUAAUCCAAGUGUGGCUGAGGGAAUCGUCUCUCGUAAAGUCUGCUUCCACUGGACUUCAGGUGACUGUCAAUGGAACCAGAUGAUACGCGUGAGAAAUUGCGGACGAUUCUACGUUUAUGAGCUCGACAAGACACCGGUCUGCCAUCUAAGGUUCUGUGGUAACGCUGGCGCUGCUCCUACUAGACCUCCCACCACACCACCAGUGGUCAACGAAUGCCGCAAUUACAAAGUUUUGAACAGCAAGGACCGCGCUCAAGGCGAACCACGUGGUAACGUACUCAAGUGCGACCAGCGUGACAUUCCCUCCAAGGGCUGGUACCGAUUCUCGGGUGCCGCAGGCGACCGUAUGCCCACUCAUGUUGUACCCAAGAAUCAUUGCGGCACCCACGCACCAGGCUGGUUGAGAGGAUCUAAUCCAAGUGUGGCUGAGGGAAUCGUCUCUCGUAAAGUCUGCUUCCACUGGACUUCAGGUGACUGUCAAUGGAACCAGAUGAUACGCGUGAGAAAUUGCGGACGAUUCUACGUUUAUGAGCUCGACAAGACACCGGUCUGCCAUCUAAGGUUCUGUGGUAACGCUGGCGCUGCUCCUACUAGACCUCCGACCACACCACCAGUGGUCAACGAAUGCCGCAAUUACAAAGUUUUGAACAGCAAGGACCGCGCUCAAGGCGAACCAAGUGGUAACGUACUCAAGUGCGACAAGAAUGACAUUCCCUCCAAGGGCUGGUACCGAUUCUCGGGUGCCGCAGGCGACCGUAUGCCCACUCAUGUUGUACCAGUGCAUAGAUGCGGCACCCACGCACCAGGCUAUCUGAACGGAUCUAAUCCAAGUGUGGCUGAGGGAAUCGUCUCUCGUAAAGUUUGCUUCAACUGGAGAAGUAUCUGUCAAUGGAGCCAGAUGAUACGCGUGAAAAACUGCGGACGAUUCUAUGUUUAUGAGCUCGACAAGACACCGGUCUGCCAUCUAAGGUUCUGUGGUAACGCUGGCGCUGCUCCUACUAGACCUCCGACCACACCACCAGUGGUCAACGAAUGCCGCAAUUACAAAGUUUUGAACAGCAAGGACCGCGCUCAAGGCGAACCACGUGGUAACGUACUCAAGUGCGACAAGAAUGACAUUCCCUCCAAGGGCUGGUACCGAUUCUCGGGUGCCGCAGGCGACCGUAUGCCCACUCAUGUUGUACCAGUGCAUAGAUGCGGCACCCACGCACCAGGCUAUCUGAACGGAUCUAAUCCAAGUGUGGCUGAGGGAAUCGUCUCUCGUAAAGUUUGCUUCAACUGGAGAAGUAUCUGUCAAUGGAGCCAGAUGAUACGCGUGAAAAACUGCGGACGAUUCUAUGUUUAUGAGCUCGACAAGACACCAACUUGCUCGCUAAGGUUCUGUGGUAACGCUGGCGCUGCGCCUACUACACCACCUCCCACCACACCACCAGUGGUCAACGAAUGCCGCAAUUACAAAGUUUUGAACAGCAAGGACCGCGCUCAAGGCGAACCAAGUGGUAACGUACUCAAGUGCGACCAGCGUGACAUUCCCUCCAAGGGCUGGUACCGAUUCUCGGGUGCCGCAGGCGACCGUAUGCCCACUCAUGUUGUACCCAAGAAUCAUUGCGGCACCCACGCACCAGGCUGGUUGAGAGGAUCUAAUCCAAGUGUGGCUGAGGGAAUCGUCUCUCGUAAAGUCUGCUUCCACUGGACUUCAGGUGACUGUCAAUGGAGCCAGAUGAUACGCGUGAGAAAUUGCGGACGAUUCUACGUUUAUGAGCUCGACAAGACACCGGCCUGCCAUCUAAGGUUCUGUGGUAACGCUGGCGCUGCUCCUACUACACCUCCCACCACACCACCAGUGGUCAACGAAUGCCGCCAUUACCAAAUCCUGAACUCACCUGACCGAGCACAGGGCCAACUUUCUAAUAACGUCUUGCGCUGUGACAGAAAUGACAUCAAAGGAAAAGGCUGGUACCGCUUUACUGGAGCAGCAGGGAACGCCAUGCCUACAAAAUGUGUCCCAAUUCGCCGUUGUGGAACCCACGCCCCUGGUUGGAUGGUUGGAAGACAGCCUUCUCCUAUAGAAGGCAGGGUCAGACGAACAGUGUGUUUCAACUGGGCCGGAAACUGCUGCAAAUGGAGGCAGAAUAUCCUGGUGAGGAACUGUGGUCACUUUCUGGUCUAUGAGCUUGACAAGACCCCUGCGUGCCACUUGAGGUUUUGUGGGAAUGCCGGUGGACUUCCUCCUCCACCUACGACUGUCCGACCGCCUUUUACGCGCCCAAACAAGUGCCAUGUCCUGAGAUCCUUGUUGAGAGCUCUUCGACAAAUUCUUAACAAGAUUGACAACGUCAUACGUCAACGUAAAGGAGGUCCUCUUAUGCACUACAAACGAGAAUUGGCCUCCCACAUGACUAAUAUCGACAAGGUUGUUGGUGAGCUCGAUGACAGACGUGACGAAAAGGAGGUGCAGGACGCGCUGACCGAGUAUGAGUUUCUGCAGGCUCGUGCAAAACAACUCAUGGGGCAAAUUAUAGAGUGAACGUAAAGGAAGACAUGACCAGCCUGCAUAACUUGGAUGAUGGACCGGAUUGGAUAAUUUCUUCUCAAAUUUUCGUUUUGUGAUUGUUCUUUUGACUAAUUGAAUUACAAGACAAAAUGGUUAUACGUACCUUUUUUUGUUAGAGUUAGCAUAUUGUAUUGAUUACCUUGGUAAAUAAACUGUUGAGUAUUUCA